AUGGCCAAGGAGCAUAAGAAGGAAAAGAAGGUUAAGCCUACCAAGAUGGAUACCUCAGACAACGAAGACGAAACUCCUCGUUUCCAGUCUCCCAUUGCUCAUCCUUUAGCCGAGAAGAAGCUCGUCAAGAAGAUUUACAAGACUAUCAAGAAGGCCAGCAAAGUCAAGCACGUUCGCCGUGGUGUCAAGGAAGUUGGUAAGGCUCUCCGUAAGGGUGAGAAGGGUCUUGUCAUUAUUGCUGGUGACAUUUCUCCUUUGGAUGUCAUCUCUCACAUGCCCGUUCUCUGUGAGGACUCUAAUGUUCCUUACGUCUUUGUCCCCUCCAAGGAACAAUUGGGUGAAGCUAGCUCCACCAAGCGCCCUACCUCUGUUACCAUGGUUGUUUUCGGUGGUAAGAACAAGGACACCAAGGCCGCUGCUGAUUACAAGGAAUUAUAUGAUGAGUGUUAUGCUCAGGCCAAGGAAUUGGAUGAGAAGCUCGUUUAUUAA